UAUCUGAGGUUAGCCUGGUAUUUCACAUGCUGAAUCUGUCACUGAACUUUCACUCACUGCAGUACAAUGGCUACAGCUCAGCUUGCAUCGUAGUGUCUGUAGACAGCACAGAGCAAUCGGUCCAAGAGGGACAGACCGCUGUCCAAAAUGGGUUACAGCUAGAAGAGAAACAUGAUCUGAAUGUGGAAACUGCUCAGAUAAACCCUCUUCUAAUUCCACGAGAUAACAAAACAGUUUCUUUUUGCCAAGUUAUUUGCAGCAUUCAUCAUAAAGAUGAAUUCAUAGAGCUGCCAAACUUGUGGCUCCCUAAUGUAUUGAGCAGCAAACUCCUUCUAUCGGAUAAUAUUUGAGAGCCCAGCUGCUCAAUGUAAACGUCAUUAUUCUCUGGGCUUUAUCAGCUGGUGAAGCUUUCCUGUCUAUAAAUAAGACAUUUAUGAGGAGAAACGCUCACUCAAGAAUUGAGCCUGCUGAUUAAUCGUAGUGCUUCAGCAAGGAAGUUUUCAGACAUCAGUCACUCUCUUCAGGCCAUGCUAUGACAAUCAAAGAAAAGAACCAAAAGCAUAUUGAGUGUUGCUGUUUCAAAAUUACUUUUGAAGAAAUAGUUGCUUCUGUGUUUGUGACUGUCGCACCAGGAAAGAUGAUAUCUGCCCAGUCAGCUGAAGAUGAAAAUAGGCUGAGUAAUUCAGGCUGUGAUGUUAAAAUAAGGCAUGUUGUCGAUGAAGGAAUGCUGGAUGUCGAUCAGAUGUCAGUCAUUCAGGGUCCUUUAGACCCUCCUUUGGAGCUACAAGGCACACUGCCAGUGAUGUCUGUAGCACAACUGACUACGAAACACAAUGCUCAAAGUGGAAGUGUGCUUGAGGAUCAUGACAUGGGGACUUCAGGCUCAAAAGCAGGCUGUUACAAUGUGAGCAGUGACCAGUCUAGCCAGGGAAGUUGUGUCUCCAGUCCGUCUGCUCAUCAGUCCAUGGAGGAAUGUGAUAAACCGUGUCAAACAGAAGGAGACGUAAGCUGGAAGCCCAAGAGCUUCUCCCCUUUCUUAGGCAGAGCGAUCGAUGGAAAGGAAAUGGGCUUAGCACAUGAAAGGUCUCCUGUGCAGCUCCCAUCGUUGUGUAGUCAGAUCAUUGAAGACAGCUGCCCACACAGUGCUUUGAACCUAAAGCAUUAUGCCGAUGGUGAAAAUAAAAAGUACCAUGUUUUGUGCCCUGGGCCAUGUUCACAGGCUACUUCAGUCAGCCAUGUUGAACAUGGCUAUCCAUCCACACCCUUGAGCUGUGCAUCAAAAACUCUACUACAGCUGCAGGAAGACUGCAUUGCUGAAAGAGUAUAUGACAGUAAUGAGAGUUGCCCAGGCUUGCAUGUUGCCCAGUUUGGAUUCGGUAGGGUCCAGCGAAAACUCAAGUUGAAGACUAUGACCGAUGGAUCUGUGGGUGGUCAUCCAAUGACCCGACUAUCCCUGAAGCCUUCUAUUAUCUAUCUUGAAGGUACUGGCAAUGGUGGUGAAGAAGGGAUGGGGGAUGAGUUUGAACGAAACAAAAAGGAACGCUCCACUUUGCUCUUUCGACGGUACAAUAAGAAUAACCGAGAGGUGAAGAAAUCUGUGUAUACGGGAUCGAGGGCACGCUCGAGAACCUUACCAUCGGGCCAUAUAGGUGCAAAGGCCAGGAAGGUCAUCAACCAAAGGAGGAACGUUAAUAUUGACCUCAAACUUCCCCGAUUUCCUGAUGAGAAGCUGCUGAUAUGCCAAGCUAUGUUGCUGAAAGGUGGCUGGCAACAUUCCUCGACUAGUUCCAGCCGGACCAAGGUUCAUAAUGCACUGAGAGAGGCAGGGGCAGCAGAGUCACUCGAUUACCUCCUGCAUCCAUCAAGAAAGAUCUUGGCUUCAGCAGUUGUCUCCAGAAGCUGUGGAGGUGGGACCUGCAUGAAACUGUGUGUCCAUGCCACUGUGCUUGAGCUCCGUGCCACCCUACACAGGACUGCAGUUUCUGACCACCUGGCUGGUGCUCUGCUAGAAGCAACUGUAGCCACCGGGGCAAGGAGUGCGCUACCAAGUCCUUUAGGGGUGCCCACUGGCAGAGCGAUGCUUAAAGAGCGCCAACUCUGCAUAACAAUGGCUGGCUCAAGCACCCUGCCAUCCAAUGUGACUGGCAUCAGCAAGGAACUGGCAGACCUUCGACACCUGAUUCAAUUCCCUGAAGAGAUUGCCAGUAUUCUGACCGAGCAAGAGCAGGAACUCUAUCGUAAGGUCUUACCACUUGACUACCUCUGCUUCCUGACCAGGGAUUUAGCAAAUCCAAAUUGUUCCAAUAGGUCAUCACCACUCAAGACCUCCACUUCAGCACCCACGCUCAGUGACGUAAAUGGGGAACACAAUGCAAUUGAAGAUCUCGUGUCAAGAUUCAAUGAGGUGAGCUCCUGGGUGACAUGGUUGAUCCUGACUGCUGGCUCCAUGGAGGAGAAGAGAGAAGUGUUCUCUUACUUGGUUCAUGUGGCCAAGUGUUGCUGGAACAUGGGUAAUUACAAUGCAGUGAUGGAAUUCCUGGCAGGCCUCAGGUCUCGAAAGGUUCUGAAGAUGUGGCAAUUUAUGGACCAAUCUGACAUUGAAACUAUGAGAAGCCUGAAAGAUGCUAUGGCACAGCAUGAAUUGUCAUCUGAAUAUCGCAAAGUAGUUAGCCGUGCUCUGAACAUCCCAGGCUGUAAAGUGGUCCCCUUUUGUGGAGUGUUUCUGAAGGAGCUUUGUGACGUUCUGGAUGGUGCAGCCACCUUGAUGAAGUUUCAGUCUCGUUGUGAUUCUCAGGAAGAUGCCAUCGAGUUUGUUGCAGAUUACAAUGGCCAGGACCAUUUCUUUCAACGGAUUGGGAAAGAUGGCCUAAACAAUACUGAGAAAGAAUCCACAGUAAACAACAUCCUGCAGACCAUUCGAAGCUGUAACAGAAGCCUCGAGUGCGAGGACGGCGAAGAAGGUGCCGGUGAAAGUUGCACUUCACGGAAGAACUCGUUCAAAGAGAGAAAUAAAUAUCAGUUCAUUGUUGGAGAUCUGUCGGACUCAGAAAGUGAUUCCUUUGAACAGCCCAGUGAGUUGGAUCUGAGUGGGGCAGAGGAUCAGCAAAAGGCAUUCUGUCACGAGACGGAACUCAUUCCUUGGUAUGUGCUGUCCAUCAGAGCUGACAUCCAUCAGUUUCUACUACAAGGGGCAACAGUCAUACAUUAUGAUCAGGAGGCUCACCUCUCGGCGCGCUGUUUUUUCAAACUGCAACCCGACAACUGUACUCUCACCUGGUCAAAACCACCUACUGCCAGCCCAGCCAAUGCUAAGGUCAAAAACCUGAUGUUGGGUAACAGUGUGGACCUUGGUAACAGCAAAUUCCAGCCAUAUGGACACAUAGCGCUAAAUGGACUCGUGGAAGGUUUUUUGGACAUGUCUGCAGUGAAGGCUGUCUAUAUGGGACAUACAGGAGUUGAUCUGAAUGCUGUAUGCAUUCAGAAUAAACUUUGCCAUAUGACUCUAGAGGACAAUUGUGUGACGCUGCUCUAUGGGGUCCAUACAACUGAUAACCGAUUGUUACACUUUGUGGCUCCCAAGUACACUGCUAAGAUGGUGCAUGAUGGAUUGCAGGAAUUAAUGACAGCUAUCCGAAAGAUGAAGAAGUUUCCCGAUCAGAGACUGCAGUGGUUAAGGAAGCAGUACGUCAGCUUAUAUCAGGAAGAAGGCAAGUUUGAAGGACCAACCCUGGCUCAGGUUAUUGAGCUGUUUGGAGGUAGGCGAUGGAUCACGAGAAACACAGCUACAGCAACUUUGAACAGAAACACUGAAAAAUCCAACCUGCAGCGUAACAACACAUUGGGAAUGAGCACGGCCAAAAAGAUAAAGAAAUCGCUGAUCAGGGGAGAAAGCGGGGACAUCACUGAUGAGGAGACUUGUGCACGUAAGAGCCGAAGCUGCAAAGAAUCCCGAGCCAGGAGUGGUUCUGACCCUGCAGACUUUGAUGAACAAGAAGAAUCAGAUUUGAGCAUCACCAUGGGGUCUCCUAGCUCCUGUACGCUCCCUACAAGAGCUCGUUCUCUCACCACCCCAUGUUCCACCACGUUGGGCCCUCCAACAUCGACUCCAGUCAGACCUGCCUCCUCUCCAGUCCUGUCAACUGUCAGCAAGGCUAAACCUGGCACCAGAGGGAGUAAUAGUUGGCAUGGACGUGUGAAAGGAGGACUGAAAGGAUUUCAGGAUUUCAUGGUAUCCGACAGCAACAUGAGUUUCAUUGAGUUUGUUGAACUUUUCAAAUCAUUCAGCAUACGAAGUCGGAAGGACUUGAAGGAUCUCUUUGACAUUCACUCUGUAUCAUGUAACCGUUCUGGCUUGGAAUCCACUCCAGUGUACACGAACCUUACAAUAGAUGACAAGAUCAGUGGGCUGCAGCCUGACCUAGACCUUUUGACAAGAAACGUGUCUGAUCUUGGUCUGUUUAUAAAAAGUCGACAGCAAAUAUCAGAUAAUCAGAGACAGAUUUCUGAUUACAUUGCUGCAACCAGCAUAGUGACCAACCGAGUGGAAAUUGCAUCCCUGGGAGAGAGUGGAAUGGGGAUCCUGCAACUAAAUGACUUCCUGGUGAACUGUCAAGGGGAGAACCACACCUAUGAUGAAAUCCUCAGCAUUAUCCAGAAAUUUGAGCCAUCAAGUAACAUGCGCCAACAGGGGUUGAUGUCAUUUGAGGGCUUUGCAAGGUUUCUAAUGGACAAAGAAAAUGCUGCUUCAAAGAAUGAUGAAUCCCAAGUUAAUGUUGACGAUUUACAGUACCCACUUUCAUAUUAUUACAUUGAAUCCUCACAUAACACUUACCUCACAGGCCAUCAACUUAAAGGAGAGUCCUCAGUAGAACUUUACAGCCAGGUGCUGCUGCAGGGAUGUCGGAGUGUGGAGCUGGACUGUUGGGAUGGAGAUGAUGGUAUGCCAAUCAUUUAUCAUGGCCACACUCUUACCACAAAGAUCCCAUUUAAGGAUGUCAUUGAAUCAAUCAAUCGCAGUGCAUUUGUAAACUCUGAGAUGCCAGUCAUUUUAUCAAUAGAGAAUCACUGCUCAUUGCCUCAGCAGCGCAAGAUGGCAGAAAUAGUUAAGAAUGUCUUUGGAGACAAACUGGUGACGAAAUUUUUGUUUGAGAGUGACUUUGCGGAUAAUCCAAUGCUCCCAUCAGUUUGGCAGCUCCGAGGCAAAAUCCUUCUCAAAAACAAGAAACUGAAGGCCCACCAGACUCCAGUAGAUAUACUUAAACAAAAGGCUCACCAGCUGGCAAACCUGCAGGCACAGGCCAGUAAUGGCAACCUGACGGGUCUAGGUAGCCCAAACAACGACGAGGAAGAUGACGAAGACGAUGACUACGACUACGACUACGAAUCUCUCUCUGACGCUGAUGCUCUUAUGGCUUCCUCCUCUCCUGCAGUGAAUGACCAAGAAGACAACAUCCUCGAUGACAGGCCCGAGAGCAAGCCAUCAAGUGAUAAAUAUCACUUCGAAUAUACAGAAGAAACUCCACGGAGAAUCAAAAAAAUAUCGACUGACGCAAUGUUACACAGCAAAGAAAAGACAAAGCAAAAAAGAUUUAUUGUUUAUGACAUGGAGUUGGGUGAAGAGUUCUACCUGCCCCAAAACAAAAAGGAGAGCAGACAGAUAGCACCCGAACUCUCAGACUUGGUCAUCUACUGCCAGGCUGUCAAGUUCACAGGCCUUUCAACUUUAAAUGCAACAGGAUCAAGCAGAGGCAAAGUGAAACCCAACAGGAAAUCAAACAGAAUGAGCCCUGGGGAGUCAAUGACAUCAAUUAAGGCAUCUGGAAGAGCAACCUCUUUCGAAGGUUUAAGAAAGAGCUGUGAAGAGCCAUCGUCUCCUCCGUUCAAUCCAACCACCUCCCUCAGUGCUAUCAUCCGGACACCCAAGUGUUAUCACAUCUCAUCGGUGAAUGAGAACACUGCCAAGCGGCUUUGCCGGCGUUACUCCCAGGAAUUAAUCCAACACACAGUCUGCCAGCUGCUCCGAACAUAUCCUGCUGCUACUAGGAUUGACUCCUCCAAUCCAUCGCCUCUCAUGUUCUGGCUCCAUGGGAUACAGUUAGUUGCUCUCAAUUAUCAGACAGAUGAUCUCCCAAUACACCUGAAUGCAGCAAUGUUUGAAGCGAAUGGAGGAUGUGGCUAUGUCUUAAAGUCACCAGUCUUGUGGGACAAAAGCUGUCGAAUGCACAAUCAGUUCUCUCCACUGGAACGAAUAGAGAACAUGAGUCCAUCUCUAUGUUCUCUAACAAUCAUUUCUGGACAGUAUGUUUGUCCCAGCAACACAUCAGGGAGUCCAUGCAUUGAAAUUGACGUACUUGGUAUGCCACAGGACAGUUGUCACUUUCGCACCAAGCCCAUUCAUCGCAACACCCUGAACCCCAUGUGGAAUGAGCAGUUCUUCUUCCAUAUUUACUUCGAAGACCUUGUUUUCCUACGUUUUGUGGUGGUGGAGAACAACAGCUCCACUGUAACAGCUCAGAGAGUGGUGCAGUUAAAAACCCUUAAAAGAGGAUACAGACAUCUACAACUAAGAAAUUCUCAUAAUGAAUCUCUGGAAAUAUCUAGUCUCUUCAUUUACAGCCGAAGGAUAGAAGAAAACAACACAGGAAAUCUUCUACCUUCGUCAGUGCUGUUUAACACCGAGGACCACAGAUCUGAAGGCAGUUACCAAGUGACAGUUCAUGGAGUGCCGGGUCCUGAACCAUUCACUGUUUUUGCUGUCAAUGAGAAGACCACAGCCAGGCAGUUACUAUACAAAAUUGUAGGCAUUUUGGGUGGCUCUGAGGCAGACACUGCCGACUACUUCCUUGUGGAAGAGAAAAACUCUCUUUCCAAAGACAAGAAUGAGUGUAAGAAACAGCCACUCCAGAGGGUCAUUAGUCCAGAGGAAGAGAUCCUGAAAAUUCCACAGUGUUGGUUCCCAGAGGAAGGACUCGUCGGAAAAAUUGUCUUCAAAAGCAAAGAGGAGGAGCUGAACCAAAGGAACACCAUGUAUGAAGAACGUGACGAUUUGAGCUGCAAUAACCUUCCAACAGAAGCUGACAGUUUCUUGGUUCAGGUGCAUGAUGUCUCCCCAGAGCAGCCACGGACUGUCAUCAGAGCUUCAAAGUUCAGCACAGCCCAGGAUAUUAUAUUACAGGCAUUAAGUAAAGCCAAGUAUUCUUACAGCAUCCUGAGCAACCCAAAUCCCAAUGAUUAUGUCCUUGUUGAGGAAGUCACUAAAGAGCCAUUAAACAAGAAAUCGUCAAUGGCAAAACCUGCUCUUCGAAUCCUUUCUGAGAAUGAGAGUGUGUUUGUAGCUCAGAGCAGGUGGAAAGGAGCAGGAAAAUUCAUCCUCAAGCUCAAAGAGCAAGUUCAGGCUGCACAGGAGAAGAAGAAAGGCCUCUCUUUUGCGAAUGAACUGAAGAGGUUCACAAAAUCGAGUAAACAGAGCCGGACCUUUUCAAUCCCACUUCAGGCAAGCCCUCCAGAAAGCACCCAGAGCAAAGAUGAGAAAGCUACAUGUAAUGUGUCGUUUGCUGAGAUCACUGAGUAAAACCUUUGACGUUGCCGUAUGUGACUGCCUAGGUUGUUGUAAAAGUGACCUCCGUAGUUCUUCACUACUACUGUGUCAAAACUUUUAGUUAAUGUUGGGGAAAACCAGAAAAAAUGUAACAUCACUCCUUCCUUCGUCUCCUGGUAUUUUCAGUUGUCUUAAAAACUGGAAAUUGCACAAAGUCCAAUCAUUGGAAUGAAAUACAUCAUUUGGUACAGGUGACAGAAGAUAAUGAGUUAGCGACAAGUUCCAAUCAAGCUUGUUUUGAUGUGUACGUGAUUUGAACAAGGAAGACGGCACAUCUGCAAGCAGACAUCAAUACUGUUCAAAGAGACAAGCAAUGUCUUCAGUAGUACUGGGUAUAGAGAUACGCAGGUGUAAUCCUAAGAACGUUACAAGUUACGAAUUGUAAAACAUUGUGCACUUUCCCAAUCACUUAUUUCCUUGAUUAUUUGAAGGAUUGGUAUGUUUGAAGGUACCUAUUUACUUUACAAUCCAGAAUCUUGCUAGAUGCCAACUUCAGUAGUAAUACUAAGCUGAAUUGUCACACAAAGUUACUAUUUUUUGAUGUUUACAAGAUAUUUAAAUUAGAAUAAUUUCUGACAAUGUGCUGAAUCCAUACAUUAAUCCUAUGAAAAAAGUGUUCAUAAUGAUGUAAUUUUACUGUAGUAGAAAAUCAUGUAAAUUGAGAUAUAUAAAAUACUGUCCAUUUGUAUUGAAAUGAUUAUAAUUAUUAGACUGAAUUAUUUAUUUAAGCAGAGAUUGAACACUUUCCAGUUAAAGUUACUAUAUUCUCAUGUUUAAGUUCCAAGUGGUAUGCUUAUUUUGAUACUACAGAACACAACUUUUAAUUAUUUUUAUUUACAAGUGCCCACUUUCACGCACAUCUUAUAACUGUGUGUACAUAUGUGUACUUGAAUUUCUUGUGGAAAAUGAAGUCAAACAGGAAAGAAAUUUCCAUUAAGUAUUUGAGCAUUUUUCCUUAAUUUCUGAUGAGCAUUUUAAGUUUUUUGUUACGUUGUAUUGUUAGGCCAAAAUUGUUUUUUUUAAAAAACAUACCAUUGAACUGUGCAAAAUAUGCAAGUGUUUUUGGCAGCUUCUGUGUGCCUAAGUUACUUAAUAUAGUGGCUAAGCAGCUGUAAUGUGUAAACGCUUUGCUCAAUAAGUUAUGAUUUUGAAACACAGACAUUUAAUGAUGUUUCAAAUAGUUAUAGUAGUGACACAUAAAAACAUUGACCGUAGGACUCUCAAGGGCAUAUGUGCAAAACACAUAACCUAUCCAAACUGCAGUAACAGCAGCGACAAAUGCUGACAGAAAGCCUUAAAGGCUCCUGAAACUUCAACUGCAGGGGUUAUUUUCUCAUCUGCCUGACUGAGCUAUAACUUAUCAACAACUCUAUAGCUUGAACAACAAAAAUGAAAUUUUAUCAUUCAAGAAUAUGACAGCAACUUAUAAAACUAAUAAAAAAACACUAAAUGGCCUGCAUUAAGUAAAUUUAAUUUUUAAGAUGCUUAAGAGUAACUUGUGGAAACAGCCACUAGCUGUCACAAGAUUAUUUAAUUCCUUGCUUCUUUAAAGGCACUUAACAUUUUUUGCAUUACUCCAUGUAUUACAGAUUAUAAGAACAUCUUAAAAUAUAUAGUUUACUCCCUACAUUUUCUUGCUUACAAAAAAAUCAACGCGAAAACAAAGGAAGAGCUGAUGUUCCUGCUUUACUAAAUAUAAAAUUAAUAUUUCUGCUUGAGGUUACCUCCGAAACUGCUAGAAGAUUCAGUUAAAAAUUAGGUGGGUCAUUCUUAUCUACACAAUUAAAUAUUGAUUAGAUGAGUUUUAGUUGAAACUUUAAAUGUACCCACAUAGUUGUCAGAUGAUGUCAUAGUCACCACAUGAAAGUUGUUUGCACCAUUUUAGUAGCAAAGGUGAUAUAACUUGAACAUUUAGCAUACUCUCUUAACUGCUACCAGACAGGAAAAUUGGUUUCUUAGAUGUUAAUGUAUUUUAUUAUUAAAAUGUUGAGCAAAGUGACAUUUGACAAACAAAAGCAUGAGUUGCUGCAGCCUCUUUAGUUCAAAUUUUGCAUAGCCUCUCAUAAAUGUCAGUCGUUAUUUCUUUAUUUAUUUCCCUUUUUUAUCGUGCUAAAAUUUCACUGUAAGAAUUAUCAUGAUCAUAGAAAUUUCUAUUAAUAGAUUACCCCUUCUUGAAUCAUAAACAGUGUCAUUGAAUGCAUGUUCCAUAUUGAUAUUGAACAGUCGAAAUUCACUUUGUUUCAUUUGACCAACACAUGUUCUCUGGCUAGAGCAUUUGUUUUUUGUUAUUCCUAACUAGUCUCUGAUCAGUACGAACAGAAGCUUUGUCCCCCUCUGCAUUUCGAUUAGUUUGCCCUGACAUCAGUGUUUCUUUUUACACAAGUUUUGCUUUUCAUUUUUUUUUCCCUGGAGUCUGUUGUUGUUUUAAACGUACCUUUUCAUAAGGUUAAUGAGGGCCAGUUGAAACAGUUUUCAAUGGAACAUGCUUGCCACUUGUACUUGUGAACAUACAUUUAAUGGAGGCUGCAUUGACAAGGUUUAUGCCAUAAAAUGAUUGCAGGCUCAUUCUACAUAUCACAGUACAUUCACUGGGCAUUUGGUUAAACAAAGGCUGGUAUUUGUGGUCUUAAAUUUGUAAGUACUACAGUUGAACUGUAUAAUGCAUUUUCCUUGCACCUAUUUAUCAAAUUUAACUAUUGGGUAAAUACUAAAGUAAAUUACUAUUUGCAAUUGUGCAUGUGUGUAAUCCACAAGUCAUUAAUUUUUUACUGUAUUUAGUUCUAUCGAUAGGCAAAGGAGAUGUCAAGAUUUCUGAAGGUGUUGGUAUUCUGAGAACUUCAACAGUGCAAUGUUAUGUUUUUAAAGGUUGCAAAAUUGUGCCAAAUGUCCAUUUUUUAUACAAAUAAUGUUUUCGGACUGUAUAUGAAUAUGUGUUGCGAAUUAAAUGUUUAAUGUAUUUAUAUCUGUAACUGACUUGGACAAUUAGUGUUAAUGUUGAGUUGAUCAGAAUAAAUAUCAAGUCUGUACAAACAGACAAGUAUCUGAAAUGUAUCAGCAUAUCAAAAAUGAUUUCUCAAACAUUUUUA